AUGAUAGGUUACGGUGUGGACGAGGAGAGAGGCGUUGUGUCUGGAACGGCACCGAGGAAGCACAAGAAAUCUUGGGGGAAAAGGUUGAAACUAUCCCAAUUGCCGAAAUUGCUUGGGAAGGACAAGGAUGGACCAGGGAAUCCAGCUCGUUUGGCCCGUUCGUACGUGGAAGCACAACCGGUGGUGCAACAACCGCACCCACCCUCUCGAUUCUACUAUCCUCAUCUAUCAGAUUUUGGGACGGUCCGCUUGCCGGCCAACGCAUACUACUACCCGUGGGUGAAUUACGCCCCUGGUCCUCUCCAUCAUGCUUAUGAAGAGAUUCCAGCUUCGAAUCUCGUUGAGGCAAGCUGUUCCUGUUCCCGGAGCACUUUUGGGAAGUCGACUCGAAAAUCUCGUUCCAAGCAUCGGCCUACGUUAGACCCCACUUGGUGCUUAGAUGAUCCAUACUCUUAUGUGAGGGAAUCACGGCUUCAAGGGGCAGUAUCAGACAGUGAUUUUGAUGAUGAACCACGUUAUCGUCUGGAUGAUGAUGUUAGAUAUGCCACUGUUCAUCCCGUGCGGCCACGCCCUGGUCUUCGCAGUGUGAGUGCGGAACGAUCUGGUAAUUCCAAGCCAUGCCGUCUUCCCAAUGUCCCCCAGUCCAGAAACAGAAGUCUGAGCAGCUUCAAUGUCUCUGAAGAGAUUGAUUUGAUUGAUUUGAGCGGCCGGAAAUCCAUCUUGGAAUGCGGGUUCAAUGCAUAUGACUUGAUGACAGUCCGAGGUGACCGAGAUUCGGAUAGUGAUGAAAUCAACGAGACAGUAUUGGAAAAUCGCCCUGGACCCACGUAUCAGCUGUUGAGUGACGGUGAAAAACCCGGCGGUGAAGGGAAUGGAGCGAAUGGAUUGACGUGGAAGCCGAAAACGCCGUCCGGUCUGGAAAAGAAGCACUUGAUCGUUCCCAGUCUCUCUGAGAUCCAGGAGCGACAUCAGCAAAUGCAGAGAAAGAAGAAACAAGUCCAAUUCCGAUCAAAUAUGGAUAUCCGAGGCGACGAAGAAGAAUCCUCCGAUUCUGCCAUAAUUAAGACCAACUCCAUCUCCAAUGGAAGUGAAAAAUCCGAGGACCAGGAGUCACCAUCCGCCAAAAUCACCAUUCGAGUCCCGGAUAUCUCGCAGGAUCAGGAUCGGCCUCAGCAAUUUCCAGAGUUGUCGAGGGGCACGACCCUGCGUCGCAGCCUGAGCGAUCGUUCUGUAUCGGGGAAGGCGAUGCCAUUGUUCCAGGACACCAUGAGGUUACGGUUGAGGCCGUCGUCGGGUAGAAAGACCGUCGUCGAGGUCUUCUCAGUGGAAUCAUUGACAGACCCUCGAUCCCGACCCAAAAUCCCGCCUCCACCCCCUCCAAGGAGAUCAUCCUCCUGCAAUAAAGUGAACGUUGAAGUGAACGGAGUGAUCGAUGAGAACCGCUGCGUUGUCACCAUCCCUGGUGGAGAAGAUUCCGAUCCCAGUGCCAAUGAUGCAAAGGCUCUGAAUAAUACGGUGCUCCCCGAGAACCCUGAUUCGCAUGUGAUAGAUAACAAACUUCCUUCCAAAGUUCUUUCCUCUCCUCCUUUAGCUACCUGUAAAGACAUCUCUACUUCCUUCAUAUCGGUUGAGGAUCCAAAAAACGUGCAGACACCCACUGGAAUAACGAGAAGAGAGCCUACGUCCAGUUCGUCUGGCAUCUGUAAUCAAUCCCAGAACGCAGUUACUUGUAUCGACGUGGAAGGUUUCACGACCCGGAUCACGCUCGAUGUCCCUUUCGGCAUCAGUGCCCCGAUUCGGAUGAAGAGGAAGAACCGCGCCGUCAAAAAAGAUUCCUUUAAUGAGAGCGAAAUGGAUAAGAAAGAGGAAGACGAGGAAUUGGAGGUGGAAGCUCUAUACGAAGAGAUUCACGAGCACAUCUACGAGGUGCUAUCGGAGCCGGAUGUUCGGUGCGUGGAAGACGACGCUGGUGAUUAUGUGACCGGGAAGUCCAUGUUUGAUGGAGCUUCCAAGGAAGACAUCCUGACCUACUUGCAAGAACGUGCUCUACACUUGGAUGAAGACUCUCAGUCUCAGUCCCCUCUCCUAAAUGAAAGGAACAGUGGGAGUCGUAGCAGCGGAACUAGCGACUCUAGCUCAGAUUCUCGUAUCCUCCUCCCCGCGAAGAAAGUCGGAAACGUGGAAAUCGAACGAAAUGACUCGGGAGUGGGAUCAGAGACGUCAAAACCUUCUGCUCGGAUUCGUCCUCGCCGAUCAUCUCCAGAGGAGGAAGAGGAAGAAGAAUAUGAAGGGGACGAAGAGAGUCUCUCCUGUGAAGACUGUCGGGGCACCCUGGAAUACCAAAAAUCUUUUUCUGCCCUGAUCUGCCGACGAUGCCGUCGACGUCGGAACGAGAGGAAAGAGUUGAUCUUGGAGAUCGUGGAGACAGAGAUUCGGUACGGGAGAGACCUGCAGUUGCUUCGAGAGGAAUUCUACCGCCCCAUGUUGGUGGCAGGACUACUGUCACCCUCGCAGUUGGAUGCUAUGUUUCUUAAUCUGCCGGAAUUGGUGGAAUGGAAUGCCCGAUUCACUGAACGACUCCGGGAUUCCCUCGAGAUUGCAAUCGAAGCCGGCGAUGAAGACCUGUUGACGGUGAACCUUGGAAAAUUGUUCCUCGGGGCUUCCCACAUGCUCCAUGCUUUUGAGACGUAUUGCCUCCGACAAGGGGACGCUAGCCUCCUGUUGAGUCAGCUGGAGCGAGAGAAAGAGCUCCUCAGAAUCUUCCUCAAGGUUUCUCAGAUGGAGAACACCCUUCUCAGGCGAAUGAAUCUUCGCUCCUUUUUGAUGGUCCCUGUCCAGAGGGUUACCAAGUAUCCGUUGCUUCUCGGUCGCCUCUACAAAGUUACACCGCAUCAGUUAGAGGGGAGAGAAGCCAUCCGAGACGCUCAACGCAAGAUCGAAGCCCAUCUCGAACAGAUCAAUACCGAGGCGAAAGCGAUGGGGACAACGAAAUUAUGGAGGAGGAUCUCAAUCAUCAGUUCCAAUGCACCCGCUCGAAGACCUGUCCCAUAUUCGGACAAAGCUCACGAGAUGGGGAACAUUAGACUACGGCAGCUGGCCUUGGAUGUACUGGAAUGGAGCUCCGAUGGGAUGGGCUUUGCAUUGGACGGUCGGCUGGAGUUCACCCAGGCCGGGGAUAAUAUGUGGACACGCCGUGGAAAACAUUUCCGGCUCACCACAAUCCAUGCUCUCCUCGUCACACUUGGAAAUCCGACAGAGCAUUACAAGCCGAGUGAGAACGGGCAGCUUUUAUUCUACAGCAGAAGGACGGGGCUCCAGCAGGCAGCGCUUCUGCUUGCCAGAGAACGCAACUCGCGCCUCACCCUCGUUCGAGAGCCUCUGAUUCUCGAAAGAUGUCUCGUCUGCCAGGAUUCCGAAGUGGACGGCUUCUUCGAAAUACACGAUACCUUCAGCAAGGACACCUUCUACUUCAAGGGUAACACGGACGACGAGACGGAUCUUUGGUUCCAGUAUCUGCAGUACCAUAGUCACGCCCUGGGUAGUUGGCGGAAACGACGGAAUGCUCUGGCCAACAUCAUGAUCGACAAGAGGAUUUCUUACCAAUAACAAGUAUACGGAUGAAGGUUAUGAUACGAACCUCUUCUCGUAAUUCCAGUGGGGUUUACCAGAAAAAAAAACUCUUCCUCUCUUUACACUUUUUUUUUCACUACAUCUCUAUUCCUGUUUUGUCUCGUGUGCAUUAUUACGCUUAAAUGGAUUUUAGUUUAUAUUUAUUUGUAAACUAGUGGGAAAUUUCACAUGCAUGCCUUUGCGACCGAC